AUGGAACUUUCAGACAGCGAGAUUUUAUUUUACCAAGAGAGCUUCAAGAAUGGCUUCAGGGUUGAUGGAAGAGAAAAUACCCAACUCAGGCCGAUCAAAAUAAAGCACGGCAGCAUCCCAGCUGCUUGGGGUAGCGCUACAAUACUUUAUGGAGAUGAUGAUCAGGAGAUCACUGUGUCUAUUAAAGCAAAGACUCAGAUUGGAGAGAAUGGCUCUCCAGUAUUUGCAUUUCAUAUUUCACAAAAAUCCGAUGCUAAAGAUGAAGAUAAAGGUUUAAUCAAAUAUUAUGUGGAAUCUAUCCAGACAGGGAGCUCUUUGUUCACAAAAAUCAGAGCAGCUGAGAAGACCAAAAAUUUAUUAAACUCCUUCUUAGACAAGUACAUGGGAGAAGUUAUUGAUCGUAGUGAGCUUUAUCUUGAUCAGAGCACUUCAUGGUUACUCAACGUUGAUGUUCACUUGCCAGGUGAGCUCUCAUUAAACCAGCUCCAGCCCAUCUCUAUAGCAGUUUUAGCUGCGUUCCAGAACUUAAGGUUCCCACAAGUGAUAGUCACUCAGGAUCAAGUGACAAACAACGUUGAGGUUGACUUACGUGAGAACAUUAUUGAUGAGGAAGGCACUGACACUCUUGAAAGCGUAAGCACCUCUGACUCUUGCUUGCUCAUCCAGGUCGGAAUCUGAGGAGAUAACAUCAUUUUUGACCCGACUAAAGAAGAAUCACUUUGUGUGGAUACCUCUCUCUUAGUCGCUAUUAACAGCAAAGGUGAAGUCAUGGGCAUAGAAAAGAUUGGUAACAACGUCGGGUUUGACGCCAUGAAGAAAGCAGUCCAAAUCAUAGUUGAGAAGGCUAAAGAUAUUUUCGAAUUUUAUGGGUUCAAUUCUUAA